UGUCACAACCCAACAGCACCGUUCUCGUCAAAAGGCUAGUCUGGAAUAGUAGUAAACACGCUUCAUUUAGCUUCUUUAAACCACUCGUUUCGCCGAAUAACAAAUUUUGCCAAUAUACUAAGGAGCGGGGGUUCGACGGCGACUUUUGAAAAUGUCGUACAUGCUACCGCAUCUCCACAAUGGCUGGCAGGUCGACCAAGCCAUUCUGUCCGAAGAGGACCGAGUGCUCGUCAUCCGCUUCGGACACGACUGGGACCCGACGUGUAUGAAAAUGGACGAGGUUCUGUACAGCAUCGCCGAAAAGGUGAAAAACUUUGCCGUCAUCUACCUGGUGGACAUUACAGAAGUGCCCGACUUCAACAAGAUGUAUGAGUUGUACGACCCCUGCACUGUCAUGUUCUUUUUCAGAAACAAGCACAUCAUGAUUGAUUUGGGCACUGGCAACAAUAACAAGAUCAACUGGACAAUGGAGGACAAGCAGGAGAUGAUAGACAUUGUCGAGACUGUAUACCGGGGAGCAAGAAAAGGACGAGGUCUGGUGGUGUCGCCCAAGGAUUACUCCACAAAAUACAGAUAUUGAUUUCAUUUUAUUGACAUUUUGGUCAUAUUUUUUUACUCACUUGGUUGCUAUUUUUAAACUUCUGUUUUGUUGUGUUUCAUCAAGUUUUUCCAUUUAGUUCCACUCAAAGGACUUGUUUCUUGGUGCUCAACAAUCAUCAAGGAAUCAUUUGUCAAAAUAAAGUCAGAUAUCAA